UCGAUAGAGAUAGCCCCGAUAAGCAUUCCAAGUUGGUUGAGACUCAUUUUGAUGAUUUGAUCUCCGCGGCGCCAAGGUCCCGGCCUGUCUGUUUUCAGUGUGAUGGAGGUACGUCCGGCAAAGAGUCUGGGUCUCCGUGCAACAUCAUAUCGAGGAUUAAUUGAUAGGUGGUUUGUUGUUGCAGAGGCAAGCCGAUGUAUUCUGCAUGGCAGAAAACCGGCCCCCCACGUCCCCAGUCAUUCUCCCUUCCGCACUUACCCCGGACAAUUCCCGUAAGCAGCUUUCCAUCUGCCGUCCCGUCUUUCAAGCUUCGAUCAUCUCGGCCCGGAAAUGCUGGAGUUGUUCUCAGCGGAUGGACUUGUUCCAUCGAUCUCAGAUUGGCGAAGCUGGGCACCGCGGACUGUGCAUACCGCGGAAUUGCCAAGACCUCGCGGCACAAACGGCCAAGACCGGAGUACCGACCGGAGACUGCUCGAGGUGCAAGUCGACCUUGCCAUCUCGCUCGGUCACACCUCGAGAUAUUUUUAUUGCUCUUUGGCUUGAUAGCAUUUCCAACCAAUUCACAGAAAUCGCCGGUGUAUUCGAGCAUUCCAUCUUCCGAGGAACGGCGCCAAACUCUUACUACCGCUGCAUUGAGAAGGAGGGAUGCCGCCGAGACGAGAAAGACAUUGCUCGUUUGGAGCGGCGCGUCAACUACAACUUGGCUCACCCAUCCGAUUCGCUCGGCGAGGCAAGAGAUUGGUAUUCACCGUCAAUACCGCGCAUUGUUUGGGCGGCAAAGAUCGGAUCAUGGAUGCCAACAAAAUCGAAGAUUUUCAACGUUGCCAAGAGUCUUGGCCCGUGCGUAUCGGCCCUCGGCGGCUCUCGGACUCCCCGCAGCUCAACGGCUCGCGAUCGCGGUCCCGCUGAAAUCAGCCUUGCAACGGCUGAUGUGAACUGACGGAUGUGGCUGUAGGAAACGCGCCUAAACUGAACUCCGGACUUGUCUCAGAGCUGAACUCGUGUUUCAAAGACCCGGACGCACCGCCGGAUGCGGGUCCUCUCGCGACCCACAUGUCCGGCCCCGGAAGUCCGAGUGCCGGAAU